GCAUUAAGAAGAUAGCGACUCUUCGUGCUGCUGACAGCAUUUAGUCUUUGUCAGUCAGAAAACAUCAUCUACCCAAAGUAAGGCCAAAACAAAUUGAAGCAAACAUCAACUGUAAGUCUGAGCAUCACCUGUAGCAUGAUUUCAAGAUAAACGGAAGCAAGACUUUUCGUGUAGGUUCAGCUUUAUGUUUAGGAAUUCCCACAACUUCAUUCCGGUCACUCACAGUCUGUUCAAAGAAAGUAUCGGCCAAGUCCAACCGAGUUCACAAGGGAUGGGUGAUCAAGCCAAUAUCUGAGUUAUUCGCAACAAAAACAAGGCUGAAGAGCAGAAAUUUUUAAGGGAUUUGUCAGCCUCUGGCAAGAAUGAAAGAAACUCAGAUUCAGUGACUCCUGACAAGCCCAACAACUGAAGCAUUCGCUCGAGUUCGCGGAAGAAAAGCCCAAGUAAGAGGAAUAGCAAACACAAGAAGUCUGAGGAAUCAAAGAGGCCUCAGCAGCUAAGCAUGAACAGAAAUUCAGAGGAAGCCCAAUCGAACAAUCCUGGUGUUGAUCAGACCCAAUUCCAGAACCUACUUCAGAACAACCAACAGUACUGAAUCCAAGUCUACAACGUAGUCAACACAACCAAGAACAAGAUCAUUCACAUCAGCCAGACCCCAGAUGUCCAGGUAUGGUAACUCAAACGCUUAGCACUUCGGGGGCCGAGAUUUCUCGAGUCAAGCUAUCAAAGCAAAGCAAGGGCUUCUCUUCACACAGAGAAGCACACGACACAGAAGUGCAAUGCUGAGAGAAAGCCAGAUGCAACUCAUCAUGUGCAAUAUUUUAGACUUGUCA